GAGAAUAUUGGAAGUUGGAACACGUUUAUAGAGCUGGUUUUUGCAUUUUUUCUCAAAAGAAGAAUAAAUAAAUAAAUAAAUCGGUCUUUUUCACCAUUGAUGAUCACUCUUCAAUCUCAACUGAGCUCUCACUGGAAAGAAGAAUUUUGUGUGAACUCACGAGUUUGACUUCGCAAUUUAUUGAGAAAUCUGUCUGCAGUGCAUGCUAUACUCAUCCCGAGCUUCCUUCAAUUUUCUUUUACUUCAAAUUUCAUUUGAUUUCCGUUAGGAAGUACGAAAUUAUCGAUGAAGAACAACGGAAAGGGUUAAAGAAGUCGUUGAUGUUCGUCCCUACCUGAUCGAGGCGAGAGCGAUGGAAGUUCCUUCUCUGUUUAAUUUCAUCAUUCGGAGACCGUGUGAAGCUCUGUUUUGGACUUGUGCAUUACUACUGCUGCAGAAUGAUAAAGGCUUCUCGUCGGACUCCAACUAUUUGAUCGGGGUUGGAAGCUACGACAUCACUGGGCCGGCGGCGGAUGUCAACAUGAUGGGAUAUGCCAACAUGGAGCAGAUUGCAUCAGGAGUUCACUUCAGAUUGCGAGCUCGUACAUUCAUUGUCGCGGAGCCACAAGGAGAAAGGGUUGUAUUCGUUAAUCUCGAUGCUUGCAUGGCCUCGCAGCUGGUGACGAUCAAGGUGCUCCAGAGAUUGAAGGCAAGGUAUGGAAACCUCUACACUGAAAAAAAUGUCGCCAUUAGUGGAAUCCAUACUCAUGCUGGACCAGGUGGUUAUCUCCAGUACAUUGUAUACAUAGUGACAUCUCUUGGAUUUGUGCGACAGUCAUUUGAUGCCCUUGUAAAUGGUAUUGAGAACAGCAUUAUAGAGGCUCAUGAGAAUCUGCGCCCAGGAUCAAUUUUCAUAAACAAGGGAAAGCUGUUAGAUGCAGGUGUAAACCGCAGCCCUAGUGCAUAUCUCAAUAACCCUGGAGAAGAGCUUCGUAAAUACAAAUACAAUGUUGACAAGCAGAUGACACUUCUAAAAUUUGUGGAUCAGGAGUGGGGCCCUAUUGGUAGCUUUAAUUGGUUUUCGACUCAUGGAACUUCUAUGAGUCGUACAAACUCGUUAAUUAGUGGGGACAACAAAGGUGCUGCUGCACGAUUCAUGGAGGACUGGUUUGAGAAAAAAGGAGGUAUAAACUUGGAUUUGGAUAUAUCUGUAGAUGACAGAAUCCCACGAAGAGUCUCAAACAUAAUACCAGACCUGUCCAUUAAUUAUCAUGAGUUACUUGAGCUCGCUGUAUCAUUCCAAUCUCCUUCCGGUAGAUCAGCAACCAGAAUUCUGAGUUCUUCAAAGCGUGUCAGGGGUGCCCUCAGGAAUGCCGACAAACCCCGAUUUGUGUCUGCAUUUUGUCAAUCAAACUGCGGUGAUGUUAGCCCAAAUGUUCUUGGAACAUUCUGUAUAGAUACUGGACUUCCAUGUGAUUUCAAUCACAGUACCUGUGAUGGGAAGAAUGAGCUAUGCUACGGCAGAGGACCAGGUUAUCCAGAUGAAUUCGAAAGCACGCGGAUUAUAGGAAAGAGACAAUUCAGAAAAGCAGUUGAUCUAUUUAGUCAUGCAUCAGAGCAGUUAACAGGAAAGGUUGAUUACCGUCACACAUAUGUAGACUUCUCUCAGCUUGAGGUAACUCUUGAACGUGGAGGAACUACUGAAGUGGUACAAACAUGUCCUGCUGCAAUGGGUUUCGCAUUUGCCGCUGGAACCACUGAUGGACCAGGUGCUUUUGAUUUUGAGCAAGGAGAUGACAAGGGAAAUCCUUUUUGGAGGUUCAUACGCAAUCUUUUGAAGAAACCAGGGAAGGAACAAGUUGAUUGUCAACAGCCAAAGCCCAUCUUGCUGGAUACUGGUGAAAUGAGAAAACCGUAUGAGUGGGCUCCUUCAAUACUUCCCAUCCAAAUCCUCAGAGUAGGGCAGCUAAUCAUUCUUGGAGUACCUGGAGAAUUCACAACAAUGGCUGGAAGGCGCCUUCGUGAUGCUGUGAAGACCGUGCUUACCGAUGGAGAUAAAAAUGGAUUAAGUGGCGACAUUCAUAUUGUUAUUGCAGGACUAACAAAUUCUUAUUCACAGUAUGUCACCACUUUCGAAGAGUACCAGGUGCAGAGAUAUGAGGGCGCUUCUACGUUAUACGGUCCUCACACUCUCAGUGCCUACAUUCAGGAGUUUAAGAAGCUUGCCUGUGCACUCAUAGAUGGCCGAGAAGUUGACGCAGGGCCACAACCUCCAGAUUUACUAGACAAGCAGAUAGGCUUACUACCACCUGUUGUGAUGGAUACGACUCCUACUUCAAUAAAAUUUGGGGAUAUAAGAUCUGAUGUUCCCAAGAAUUCCACCUUCAACAGAGGCGAUAUGGUGACGGUUACCUUCUGGUCAGCCUGUCCUCGGAACGAUCUUAUGACUGAAGGUACGUUUGCCCUGGUGGAGAUUCUCCACAGCAAAAAGCUGUGGGUUCCAGCCUACGAUGAUGAUGAUUUCUGCCUGCGUUUCAAGUGGUCGAGACCGUUCAAACUUAGCAGUCGAAGUCAUGCAACCAUAGAAUGGAGAAUCCCUAAAACUGCAAUUCCAGGAAUGUACAGAAUAACACACUUUGGGGCAGCAAAAAGUCUUUUCGGAUCAAUCCACCAUUUCACAGGCUCGUCUAGUCCUUUUGGUGUAGCGUAGAAAUUGGGGACUAAACCCAAGUUUACAUCUGGGAGUACCUUACAUUACAGUAAUAGACAGCAGGCAUGUGAAACGUCCAGUUUUGUAUAUUGUAUGUUCUGAAUCUGGACUAUUCACAUUAAAAUUUCAACUUUUAUGUGGCAGAGAGGUAAUCUUCUAAGUGUCAAGCAGAACUCAAUCAUCAGAAAUGAGACAAUGAUAUACUUGUAGGAAAAAUACUGAGCAACACUAUUCGGCUGUAUAAGACUACUGCUCAUAACAA